GUAACUGAAAUGAAGACUGAAGUGGCUUCAGACCAUGAAGACUUUGCAUACAACAGUCUGAAGAGGCAAGAGCUGGAGUCGGAGAAUAAGAAGCUGAAAAAUGAACUUAAUGAACUGAGGAAGGCUAUUGCAGACCGAGCAACCCAGAACAACUCGCCCGAUGAUAUUCAGGACAGUUAUAACCUCUUACUGAAUCAGCUGAAAUCGGCCAGCGAGGAGUUGGAAGUGCGGAAAGAAGAGGUACUUAUCCUGAGGACGCAGAUUAUGAAGGCAGCCCAGCAAAAAGAGUCAGGAAAAAACAUGGAAAGCAUCACCACCAAUGCCAGCUGGCCGAACAGUGACAAGCACAUUGAUCAGGAGGACGCAAUUGAAGCCUACCAGGGGAUGUGCGAGACGAACCGGCUACUGGAAGCACAGCUCCAGGAUCAGAGAAGAGAGCACGAGGAGGAGGUAGAAGCUCUGAAAAACCAGGUGGAUGCAAUGAAAGAAGAGAUGGAGAGACAGCAACAGGCUUUCCUGCAGACCUUGCAGCUAUCUCCAGAGGUCCAGGUGGAGUUUGGACUUCAGCAAGAAAUUACACGCCUCACCAAUGAAAAUCUGGAUCUUAAAGAAUUGCUGGAGAAGUUGGAAAAGAAUGAAAAGAAGCUGAAGAAGCAGCUGAAGAUUUACAUGAAGAGGGUCCAAGAUUUUGAAGCAUCCCAAACUACAGUGCUGGCGGAGAGGACGUGGCAGAAGCGUACCAUUCAAGUUGCUGUCCAGAGGAAGGAGAAAGAUUUUCAGGGCAUGUUGGAAUAUUAUAAAGAAGAUGAGCCACUCCUCAUCCGAAACCUCAUUACAGAUCUCAAGCCUCAGGCAGUGUCUGCUACUGUACCCUGCCUGCCUGCCUACAUCCUCUACAUGUGCAUCAGGCACGCGGAUUACGUCAACGAUGACCAGAAAGUGCACUCCUUGCUCACCUCCACCAUCAAUGGCAUUAAGAAAGUGCUGAAGAAACACAAUGAUGAUUUUCAGAUGACGUCAUUUUGGCUGGCAAACACGUGUCGUUUCCUGCACUGUUUAAAGCAGUACAGCGGAGAUACGGGUUUCAUGGUGCAAAACACGCCUAAGCAGAACGAGCACUGUCUGAAGAACUUUGACCUGACCGAGUACCGCCAAGUGCUGAGCCACCUCUCCAUCCAGAUCUACCAGCAGCUCAUUAAGAUAGCAGAAGGCAUACUCCAACCCAUGAUCGUGUCUGCGGUGUUGGAAAAUGAGAGUAUCCAAGGGCUUUCUGGUGUCAAACCGAUGGGCUACAGAAAUCGCUCCUCCAGCAUGGCAGAUGGUGACAGCUCCUACAGCUUAGACGCACUCAUUCGCCAGCUGAACACCUUCCACAGCAUCAUGUGUGACCAGGGCCUGGACCCAGAGAUCGUGCAGCAGGUCUUCAAGCAGCUCUUCUACAUGAUCAACGCGGUUGCUCUCAACAACCUCCUGCUGAGGAAGGACGUCUGCUCGUGGAGCACGGGCAUGCAGCUGAGGUUUAACAUAAACCAGCUGGAGGAAUGGCUGCGUGGGAAGAACCUGCAGCAGAGUGGAGCAGCACAAACAUUGGAGCCCUUGAUUCAGGCGGCACAGCUUCUACAGCUGAAAAAGAAAACCUCAGAAGAUGCCGAGGCCAUCUGCUCCUUGUGCACGUCACUCACGACGCAGCAGAUUGUAAAGAUACUUAAUCUCUACACUCCUGUGAAUGAGUUUGAAGAACGCGUGACAGUAGCUUUCAUACGAGACAUACAGGCACACUUGCAAGAGCGAAAUGACCCUCCGCAGCUGCUGUUAGACUUCAAGCACAUGUUCCCAGUUUUUUUCCCGUUCAACCCAUCCUCCAUAACCAUGGACACCAUUCAUCUCCCUGCUUCUCUCAACUUGGAAUUUCUCAAUAAAGUCUGA